AACUUUAUGCUAUAUAAAUCAUGAAAGACUAAUAGCUUUUUUCUCAUCACUAAUCUCACUCACAAUAUUAUUAGCAAAUUGAAAUCAAAAGAUACAUACAACAAAAUGUGUGAUCCGUGUGCAAGUGUACUUUCUUGUGCUCGUGAAAACUUGCUUCCACUAGCUCGUAAGCAUUUGCUUCCACUAGCCCUUGAUCAUUUGCUUCCAAUACUAAAGGAAGCUGUGAACAUGAUUAGGGGCGUCCCAAAUGACGAAAUUGCACACAUGAAACAUGAACUCGAAACCAUAGAAGAGUUCAUCCAUCAAGCAGAUAAAAUGGCUGAUGCUGAAGAAUACAACCCAAGUGAUGGAACCAGAGAAAAAAUCAAGCAGUUGAUAGAAGCAUCUUUUCGCAUACAAGAUGUCAUCGAUGAAUAUAUCAACUGUGUGGAACAACAACUUCCAGAUCCUGGAUGUGCUACUGUUGCUUCUGAAUAUGUUAAAACUAAGAUUCUCCGUCUCCAAAUAGCCCAUGAUAUUCAGAUCAUCAAAUCCCGAAUUACUGAAAUAAAAGAUACAAGUUCUGAAACCAAUCAUGAAGGAUCAAGCAGUUCUGCUAUAAACCCGAAUGCCACUUUGUUGCAGAACCUUCGAAAGGCUCCUUUUUACCUGAAGGAAGCUGAUGUUGUCGGCUUUGAAAAGCCAAGAGACAAAUUGAUUGAUUGGCUGGUAAAGGGAAGAGAUGAGCUCACUGUCGUCUCCGUAGUAGCAAUGGGAGGGCAAGGAAAAACUACUCUUGCUAAAAAAGUUUUUGAUCAGGUCAAGGGACAGUUUGAUUAUCAUGUAUGGAUCACAGUGUCACAAUCAUACAAUAUUGAAGAGUUGCUGAGAGAGAUGUUGAAGGAGCUUUGCAAACAACAAAAUUUCAGUCCUCCUGAAAUGAUUCAUGAAAUGAAUAAAGAGUUAUUAGUGGAAAAAGUGAGAAACUAUUUGCAGGAGAAAAGGUACGUUGUAGUGUUUGAUGAUGUAUGGAAUAACUCACCUUUUUGGGCUGAUAUUAAAUUUGCUAUGAGUGAUAAACAAAAAGGUUGUAGGAUAUUAAUCACCACUAGAAUCAUGGAUGUUGCCACUUCUUGUAGGGAAUCUUCUUUUGUUGAAAUUCAUGAAUUGAAAGGUUUAGAUGAUGAACAAUCUUUAAAAUUGUUCAAUAAGAAGGCAUUUUAUGACUUGGAGGAAUGUUGUCCAGAUAAUCUUAUUGAUAUAUCUUCCAAAAUUGUUAAAAAAUGUGGUGGAUUACCACUAGCAAUUGUAGUCACCGGUGGUCUUUUAUGUAAAAAUAGAAAUGCAAUUGAAUGGUACAAGUUUAAUGAUAAUAUCAAGCCAAAGUUAAAGAAAGAUUCUGUGAUAAACACAUUUUUAGUUCUCAGUUAUCAUGAUUUGUCUUACAAUCUCAAGUCAUGUCUGUUAUAUUUUGGAAUAUAUCCUGAAGAUUGGGAAGUUUAUUCCACGAGACUAAUUCGACAAUGGAUAGCUGAAGGGUUCGUAAAGGAGGAAGAGGGAAUGACUUUGGAAGAGGUUGCAGAAGGAUACUUAACAGAAUUAAUCCAUAGAAGUUUAGUGCAAGUAGUUUCAAUCAAAAUUGAUGGAAGAGCAAAAAGUUGUCGUGUUCAUGAUCUAGUGCAUGAUAUGAUCCUUAAAAAAUUUGAGGAUUUAAGUUUUUGCAAGAAUAUUAGUGAGGAUGGCCAAUCAGCUUUAAAUGGAAUAGUUCGACGCCUAUCAAUAACAACCAAUUUGGAUAAUUUAAUGGAAAGUAAUGAAAGCUCGCAGGUUCGAUCGCUGCUCGUUCCCAACCCCUACACAUUACAUGAAUCCGUUGUAAGGAAAAUUACUACAAAAUUCAAGUUGUUGAAGGUGUUUGAUGCUGAACUUGCUAGAGGAAUUGAAGUUCCUGAAGAUUUGGGAAGUUUGAACCACUUGAAGUAUUUUAGUAUCAUGAAGCCAUAUGAUUAUGAAACUGUACUUCCAAAAUCCAUUGGCAUGCUUGAGAACCUAGAGACCUUGGAUUUAACGGGAAUAGCAGUCUAUCAUUUACCCAAAGAAAUUUGUAAACUUAGAAAGUUACGACAUUUUUUAGUCGGCAGAUCAUUGUCUCUGGUUCAAUUGAAAGAUUGUAUUGGAGGAAUGACAUCCUUACAAACUCUACGUAUGCUUUAUUUGAAACAAGAUGAAAGUGAAGAUGAUAUUGUAGAGGCAAUCAAAGAGCUAGGAAAGCUAAAGCAGCUAAAGGAGUUGGGCUUGCGCUCUCUUGACAGAAAAUUUAUGAGUGUUAUAUCUUCCUCAAUCAAUAAGCUGCAACAAAUGGAAAAACUAACUUUGGUAGAAUAUCUAGGGUACAAAGAUUACUACACAUUCGAUGAUUUGAAUUUGAAUUUACCUAAGCUACGAUAUUUUGCACUGAAAGGUAAUUUGGAGAAGUUGCCCAACUGGAUUUCAAAACUUCCAAAUCUUGUUAGUUUGAAGCUUAAUUCAUCCAGACUAAGAGAAGAUUCAAUGAAAUUACUCAAAAGUAUGCCAAACUUGAUGUCCAUUAGUUUCCUCCUUGAUGCUUAUCUAGGCAAAACCUUACAUUUUCAAAAUGAAUGGUUUAAGAAUUUGAAGGAACUACGUCUUGAGUAUGUGAAAUACUUGAAAGACAUCCUUAUUGACCAUGGUGCGUUGCCUUCUCUGGAAAAGCUCUCCAUAUCCGAAGCACCCGAACUCAAGACGUUACCAACUGGCAUUCAACGCUUAAAGAAGCUUGAAUAUCUCACUAUUAGAUUUAUGAGUGAGAAAUUUACACAGAACUUUUUACUCAAUGGAGGACAAGACCAUUGGAUCUUCAAGCAAGUGCCCUUUGUACGAAUUUAUUGUCCGAAUGCCGCAUUCAUUGGUGGAUCAAGGAGCUAGGUGUCAUACACCGUCCAUCUUAAAAAAAAAAGUGAUCAUGAUGGGGCUUCAGUGGAAAUUCCAAUUUCUCAGGGGCAUUGUUUCUUUCUGUUUCUAUUUUAGAAGUUUUGUUCCUCAAUAAAAGUGUGUUGUUGUUCGUUGAUAAUAAUUAUAUGCAAGUUACAAAUACUCAUGUUACUUUGUUUUUUAUUGCAUAAAUUGAAUUGUUUGUGAUGUACUAUCAUAUAUGGUAAAGUUUUAUGUGAAUGUGGUACAACUAUAGCUAGGAAUCCUGGAAACUCCUGCUACUUCAAUUCAAGUUCCAUGUAUGGGAGGUGCAAUCUAUCUUUUAUCAUGGCCAUCAGAAUUUUAUGGCGUGUUGGUGUUGGUCUUGAUUCCCUGUUAAAUAUGUGUUUGCUAGGGGCAUUUGACGUUUUCCCGAGAGUUUUUCCCCUGUCAAAUAACCUUCAUUUCUUGUAGUGCCAUGUGCUGAACUUUUACAAUCAUAAAUGAGUACUAAUAGACUCCUAAUAAGUAAUAACCUUCUGAGUCAUGAUAACAGAAAAUGUAAGGCUUUGUGUUAAUCUAUAUUGAUAAUACUGAU